AACAUAAUUCGGUUAAAAUAAGCAUAUUCUCUCACCCUUUCUCUCUGUCGCUCGUUUUCAUCUCUCUAUCUCUCUGUUUGUGUUUUGUUUUUUUUUUUUAUAUAUAUCCGUUACUGAUUUUCUCACCUUUCUUCUUUUCUAUUUUUUUUGGUCUUUCCCAUCGUUUCCAACGUCACAGAGAGAGAGAGAGAGAGAGAGUCCGAGAAAAUUUGAGUCAAUUUUCCGGGAAAAUCGUUGUGGAGGAGGGAUGGAUCUGUGGGCCGUGUAUGUCAAGAACUCCACCCAAACCCCUCUCUUGCUCAGAAGCUCGUUUCCCAAGAAACCCAUUUCCUCUUGCCUGAGAAGAAGAGCCAAUCCCUCUUGCAGAGUUGAGGAUUGUGGGGUCUUUGAGAUCAGGGUUUUGAGGAGGCGCAGGGCUUGCUCUUCUUCUUUGGUUGUCAGAGCUAUGGCGAAGAAGAAUCACGAUAAUUCCGGAAAUGGUGAUCGAUCUAUUCCAGAAGGAGAUGGUUUGAAAAAGAAUAAUUCUUCUGAUGGAAACAAAUCCAAUGACACUGCUUCCAAUAAAUCUCAGCAUUUAAAAUUGGACUGGAGAGAGUUCAGAGCUAAUCUAUUUGCACGGGAGCAGGCAGAAAAGGUAGAGGGUGAUGCUCACAACGAGGGUGUGAAACCCCAUGAGUCCAAAUCUCUUGACCUUAAAUGGGCCCAUCCUAUUCCUGUACCUGAGACUGGCUGUGUCCUUGUUGCCACAGAAAAACUUGAUGGAGUCCGAACCUUUGAAAGAACUGUUGUUCUCCUUCUCAGAUCUGGAACCAGGCACCCACAAGAAGGCCCAUUUGGGGUUGUCAUCAACCGCCCUCUUCACAAAAAGAUCAAACACAUGAAACCCACAAAUCUUGAUCUUGCAACCACUUUUUCUGAUUGUUCCUUGCAUUUUGGCGGGCCUCUUGAAGCAAGCAUGUUCUUGUUGAAAACCGGGGAAAAACCAAAGAUUCCUGGGUUUGAAGAGGUGAUCCCUGGCCUGUGCUUUGGUGCUCGAAACAGUUUGGAUGAAGCUGCAGGGCUGGUAAAGAAGGGUGUUCUUAAGCCUCAAGAUUUCAGAUUCUUUGUUGGUUAUGCCGGGUGGCAACUGGACCAAUUGAGGGACGAGAUUGAAUCAGAUUACUGGUAUGUGGCUGCUUGCAGCUCAAAUUUGAUUAGUGGGGGCUUAUCAGACUCUUCAUCAGAGGGUUUGUGGGAGGAGAUUUUGCAGCUAAUGGGUGGUCACUACUCAGAAUUGAGCCGGAAGCCUAAGCAAGAUAUGUAGUUAUUAGAUGAGCCUAUGGAUAAUGGAUAAUGGAUAAUGGAUGCUUACUGAAUAAAAACCAAAACCAAUCCUAGAGUUGAAGCAAGUCAUGCAAUCGAAGUACAAGUAAAGCCAAUUGUACAGAAAUCUCUGGCUUUUCAGAUUAGUAGAUCUUCCUGACUUCCUCCCGUUUGUUAACGCUUUUUUUUUUUUUUAUUUGUUUUUCCAUGUUUUAUUUUAUUUUAUUUUAUUUCUAUUCAGAGAAUCUUGAAAUAUAUGGUUUUGUAUGUAAUGACACUCUUUAGGUUACGUCUUUGAUAAGUUAAGCAAUUACAAAUCACAUUUUUAUA